UAAAUACCCUGUGGAUGAAAGGUUCACUUCAGUCUACAUUAUGAACAGACAAGAAAUGGAUAUCACUUUGCAAACUGAAGAAUAGCUGCUGCUUCUUCAACAGAUAAUGGGGAUCCAAAUAAAAAUCAUAAACUGAAAUGACUAGUAGCAGCUAAUAAUGGAGACUGGAGAAAAUAAGGAAAUGGAGACAAAGACUGAAGACGCACUGGAGCCGUCGUCUGAGUGUACAUGUCAAGGAGAAGAACAUCAACUAUUUCUACAGUUGGAGCCUGAGGCCCUUGACAUCACAGACAUUGAGAGUCAACACAGCGACCAACAGGAUGACAAGACAACCAAGACUGAUGAAGAGAAGACAGAAAUCACAACAAUUUCUUCUAAUUUCCCGCAAAGCAACAUUGAAAACGAAAGUGAUGAUUUGGUGGAUCGUUGUGAGGAAAGUUUAACCCCCACUUGCACAAUUCCUUCGGCUCAUCAAGAUCAAGAUACCAUGGUUCACCUGGAUCACUUUACUGACCCCCACAUUUUAAUCAACAUGGAUAAUGUUGGCACAAUGAGCAAAAAAUCUUUGGAGCCUGAGGCCCUUGACAUCACAGACAUUGAGAGUCAACACAGUGACCAACAGGAUGACAAGACAACCAAGACUGAUGAAGAAAAGACAGAAAUCACAACGUCUUCUAAUUUCGCACAAAGCAUGACACCUGUUCUGACAAUUGCAUUGAUUGGUGGCACUGAUUCUAUGGAGAUUGAAUCUGGAAAUCUCCUUCUUGGUCAAGAUGAUCUACCAGCAGCAGAACUCUCACAGAUAGCACCCAGGAUGUAUGAUUUGUCCGGUCGUUGUGUCUCUGUCAUCAACAUGCUGGGCUUGCAGAGUUCUGAACUUACCCAGGAGAAUCACAUAGGUCCACUUGUGCAUAAGCAGGGUAUCAAUGCUGUCCUCUUACUUCUACCAUUGGGUCAGCAUAUUGAUGAAUUCAAAAUGGGAGUGGGGUGGCUGGAAAGAAUGCUUGGAGAGCGAGCCCUUGCCUUUACAAUAAUCGUCUUUACCCACAAGAAUGACCAAGACUUUGGGUUGGGUGAUCUAAAGGACAACAAUGAUCUGAUGGAUCUCAUAGAAAUGUGUGGAAAUAGGUAUCUCACCUGCAAAAAGAGUAUGAAUGAUCCAAUCGAGAUUUCAACAUUACUUGAACAGAUAGACCUCAUGGUGUCUGAAAAUGAUCUAUGCUGCUACACAGGAGAAAUGUAUGAUGAAGAGAUCAGGAAACGGCAACUGAAAACAGAUUGGGGUGACCGAUCACAAAGCGAGGAGAAAACUGCAUCAGUUCCAGAUAACUUGCCUGAAGAUGGUCUUGCAAACAAAGAAAAGGGAGAAGAAAAGAUACUUGAGGAAAUCAACGGGAGUUUAAUUGAAAAAAACAUCCCAGAAAAUAUACAACUAGCAAAAGUAGAAGAGCUCAUGUGUAGACUUCACCUUCAAGAUAAAUAUCAAGAUAAGUUGACAACUGCAGACUUCCUGAACAUUGGCUCUUCUGCUCAACAUCAACACGAACCCCAAACAGAGAACAAACUUGCUCAUACUUUCCUACAAAGGUUGUUGAUGCUGGACUACAGAGCCAGGUACAUUCCUGUAAGAGAUGAGAAUAGUGAGAUGCAUGACACAAAUGACAACAGAAAUGAUCAUGCAGAAACAGAAGAAAGUGCCUUUGAUGCCCUUUUCAACAAGAACACAGUCUCUGGUGAUAUAAAGAGAAACACGCAUGUUCACCCAAUGGACGUCCAGAUGGCAGUGUUUCACUGUUCAGACAGUUUCCUUCAGCAGUUCAUGGUCACAAAGCUGUCCUUGUGUCAGUAUGCCUUGCCUUUGCUUGUGCCAAAUCCCUUCACCGAAGAGAUUGAAUGUCCUUUGUGGACAUUUCGACAAAUCAGAAAAACCUGGAAGUCCACUAAUGACUCUAAUAUGCUCACCAGCCAAAGUAUGCCUAUUUACAAGGCAGAAACACCAAUGGUGUCAUUCUUUAGGCUUGGUUCUGUGUCCUCAUCAAAAUCUCAGCUGAUGAACAACUUGAUCAACCAACGUCACAGCACAUUCUUCCACAGACACUGUCCAGGAAGCAGUAAAACCUGCCUCCUAAUGGAUGGGGUGGUAGAGAUUGCAUGGUAUUGUCCUGCUGGGAAGCCCAAUGAUAUUUUCACUGACUGUGUUGCAUUCUGUAAUCUCCAUGGUGACGCAAUUGCGAAAGAAGUUCAGCGUGACAGACUGAUUGAAAAAGCCUCAGUCAAUGUUAUCCUUUUACCAAGUCUUGGAAAAGGCGACAAAAGUAUGGCAAUCGUGCAGGAGCUGUUCAAGUCUUCUAAACCUCUGAUAUGUCUGCUCACUGAAGAGGAUUCUGUUGCAACUGAAAUUAAAAAGGGAAAGUACAAAAUGGGUUUGAGAGACAGAAAUCAGUCAGAUGUGUCUGAGGAACUAAAAAGGAUCAUUAGAAAUAAUUUGUCAAGACCAUGUUGCUCCUUCAAACUUGAGGACAUGGCAGAGUACUCAGGGUUUAGGGUAGAUGAGGAUGAUGAAGAUUGCCAAGUAGGGAAGACUAAUGCUCUGCAGAUAACGGAUCUGCUUAAGGAAAUGGAACUGUCCAAGAUCAAAGAAAAAUUUCUUCCAUGUCAAGGAAGGCUGUGGCAUGAUUGGUGUCAAAAAAAUAAAGACCUUUAUCGUCUCCAAGGGAAUCUAGAGAUGGAAAGAAGUAAAAUACAACAUGAAAUGAUGCAAAUUCGACACUAUCAACAUCAAGUUGCCUUUACUGAACUCAUGCAGAUGUUUAUCACAAGUCUACGAUCUCUGGGAGAAAAAGAAAAAUCAUAUUUCCUCAAGUGGGUAGGGAUACUACUGGAUGACCUGUCCUCGGAUGAGCUCUCAGACCUUCAUCACAAAUAUGAUGAAAAGUGGUCUGAGGUCCUGGCUUUGAGAAAGAAGCAUGAUAAAUCAGAGCAACUGAAAAUGAGACAAAUGGAGCUGGAAAAAAUAUCAGGAAAGCUGCAAGCAGCAACAUUCGGAUUUGAACACAUCCUAAGGGAAAUGGGACAGAUCUAUGAAGCCCAUGCAUCUGUGGCCAGGGAAAGCAAAGGAGAAAGUAAGGUGACCGUGUCUUACCUUCCAGAGCUUGCGGCAGAACUUAUGAUAUCGGGACACCCAAUGGAACUAAUGGAUGGUGACGCAGCUCAUGUGCCACUGAUGUGGAUUAAUGGGGUUUUAGAUGAAGUUAUCAAGAAACUAGGAGAUCAGAGAGUCUUUGUUUUGUCCAUUUUGGGAAUCCAGAGCACUGGAAAAUCUACAAUGCUGAAUGCCAUGUUUGGACUGCAAUUCGCAGUAAGUGCUGGAAGGUGUACCAGAGGUGCUUUCAUGCAGCUGGUGAAAGUGACCGAGGAGAUGAAAGAUGACUUUAGGUUUGACUAUGUUCUUGUUGUUGACACUGAGGGACUUCGAGCUUUAGAGUUGGCAGGAAAGGCAACAGUGAACCAUGACAAUGAACUUGCAACUUUUGUCAUUGGCCUUGGAAACAUGACCUUGAUCAACAUAUUUGGAGAGAAUCCUGCUGAGAUGCAGGACAUCAUUCAGAUAGCUGUUCAGGCCUUCAUGAGGAUGAAAAAAAUUAAUCUGUCUCCAAGUUGUGUGUUUGUGCACCAGAAUGUUGGAGACAUCAUGGCUGGAGAGAAGAACAUGGAGGGAAAGAGGCGCUUACAGGACAAACUAGACGAGAUGACCCAGUUAGCUGCCAAAGAAGAGGACAGUAAUGCAGAGUGUUUCAGCGAUGUCAUUGCAUUUGACAUACAAAGAGAUGUGAAAUACUUUUCCCAGCUGUGGGAGGGCAGCCCACCCAUGGCCCCACCAAACCCAUGCUACAGUGAGAAUGUCCAGGAGCUAAGGAAAACAAUCCUCUCUAAAACAUCAAAGUCUUUUGGCAUGACAUUAUCACAGUUCAAAAGCAGUAUCCAAGACCUUUGGAAUGCCCUGCUGAAUGAAAACUUUGUGUUCAGCUUCAAAAACACACUGGAAAUUGCAGUUUACAGAAAACUUGAGAUUCAGUAUGGAAAAUGGAUCUGGACUCUCAGGAGUGCCAUGCUAAGCAUUGAAAAUCAACUGCACAAUCGAAUCGAAAAUGGAAAACUUCACAGGGUUGAGAGACAUUACCUUGUUGAAGAAAUGAGAAAGACUCGUGAAGAAGUGGACAAAUCAAUGGAAAAGUACUUUGAUGAACACAGAGAUAAAGAAAUGUUGAUUCAGUGGCGAGGGAGAUUUCAAACCAAAAUGUGUGAGCUUUAUGAUGAACUUGUGAAGGGAGCAAAAAGAAAGUUAGAGGAGGUUAUUCAGCAGAGGGAUGCGCGCAAAAAGCUGGAUGACAAGAAGACACAGUAUGAAAACAAGCUCUUCCGAAAGAGCAAAGAACUUGCCUCAAAACUGAAGGACAAGGCAAAGGAUGAAAAACAACUUGAGAAUGAAUUCAAUACUCUUUGGGGAGUGUGGGUUGCUGAGUUGACAAAAGAUGCACCUCCCAUUAAGGACAUAAACAUAUCGGAUGAUGUGACUUAUAUCCUUGGAGAGAUCGGUAAUGAAUCGUCUCUUGUAUAUGAUCGGAAAAGUUGCGGAAUGUACAAUGAGAUGUGUACCUUGGGGAGUUAUUCGACCUAUGCAAUUGUAUCCAAGCACCAAGAUCUUUUUAACGACGAUCAGCACUCAAAAGAUGCUCAAAGGAAGCCAAACAAUGACCAAUUGCAGAAAAAUAAUGUGUGGGGUGCUUUUAAGAGUUUUUGGGGGUUUAAGUCUCCAGAGAACAAGACAAUUGACCACAUUGGUCCAAGCAACAUUCUAACAUACACAGAUCAGGAAUUGAUAAGAGCAUUCACCAAUGAUGUUGUCAAACAAAGCCAGAAGAUAAUCGAGACAAAGCCCAUAGAAAAGAUGGGAUACAAUGACAGUUACAUGCAAGAAAUAGCAACUCAUGUCAAAGAAAGCGUGAAGGAAUUUGAAUCGAAGAUAAGAAAAUAUUCAUUCAAGAAGGAAUUUACGAUUGAUCUUUCACUUCAUGUGUGUGAGCUUGCAGGAAGUAAGUUAGCAGAUUCCCAUAGCAAAUUCAGAAGCAACAAUGAUGCCCUUACUUACCUGGAGCAGAAGAGGCCACAGUACAACAAGAUUUUCAAGAGAUACUGCAAAGGGUCCUCAACUGCAGCUGUGCUUGGGGAGUUAAUUUGCAACACACUGAAAGAAUCGAUUGUACAGGCGGUCUAUGACCAGACGGCCAUUGACUUGGCUGGAGAAAUGCAAUUAAGUCACCCUCCAUUCAGUGGAAACAGGUCUAACAUGGAGAAACACAUCCUGAUAUCACUGGCGGAGAAGGAGAACUUUGACAAGUUCAUGACCUACAUUCACAACCCAAGGAAACACUUUGAGAAAUUUAUUAGAGAGGUUGCAGAGAAAUAUAUGCUCACAGAAAGGUCCAAAGUCCUUGCCUUGAUUGAAGGGAACAUAAAAGUUAAAGAGCAGCGUGUGAGCCACGCAGUACAUACAGCAACAAAGACGGUCAAAAACAAGAAUGGAGACACCAACAUGUGGCUUAGAGAGUUUUCCAGUGCUCUAAAAGAUGAGCUGAAAUUUGCUGAAAAGCAUUUCAGUGAUUUCUGUGACAUAACUGACUUUGACUUCCUCAAAAAAGAGGUAAGGGAAGGUCUUGCCAACAGAAUCAUGGAGAUCAACAGAAGCCUCAGCAAUGUGUCACUCCUGCACAUGAAGCAGUUCAGGGAGAGGCCAGAUGAGAUUCUGAUCAAACACUUUUGUGAUUGUUGCUGGGUACAGUGUCCCUUCUGUAAAGCCAUCUGCACAAACACCAUGGAGGGGCACCAACCGAAGGAUCACAAUGUCCCUUUUCAUCGCCCUAUUGGAAUCAAUGGAUGCCACUUCAGAGACACAGUAGAAUUUAGCAUUGAUUUUUGCACAACUUCAGUAACAAGUAAUGGCCGGUUUUACCCAUCCCAUGAAUCAGAGGAUAAAUAUCUUUGGAAAGAAUACAGAAAAGCUGGCCCAAGAUUUGUUGAUUGGAGCAUCACACCAGACCUCUCUGAACUUCCGUACUGGAAGUGGUUUGUUUGUCGAUUUCAAAAAGACCUGGAAAGGUUUUAUGACAAAAAAUUCCAGGGCAGAGGUGAAAUUCCAAUUGAAUGGAGGAAGUUCACAAAACAGCAAGCUAUUGAAAGCUUGAAGAAAAUCUAAGGGGAGCUCAAAUAGUAAAAACAUACAGACAUGAUGGCACAAACAAGAUGGCACAGCUGAGUAGAAUAAUAAAAGCGGUGCUUUAUUGUACAUUGCUCAAGGGCACAUUGUCAAGAGGUUUUUUCAGUUUCUGACUAUGUUCAUGUUUACAAUGUCAACAUAGUCCUAACCCAUUGAUCUAACUAAAUCACCCCUCAUAUUUUGUGGUCUAGUAGAUUUUGAAAGAAGUAAGUUUGAGGUCUCCUUUGAUACGAAUGUAGGUAAUGACGUCUAGGCCCUCACGAUUGGGGAACUGGAUCUCCUGUCCAUCAGUCAUCUCCACUUCAAACAUGUCACCCGUCAGCUUCAGCACAAUCUUGAGAGGGAGAAACCACAUUUGUUUACAUCAUUAGUGUUGUAGCACGUUCACCCUUACACCCACAUGGCCAAUUGCAACGAACAAGCUGGAGUAAGCACUGUGCAGUGUAUUAGCGCCAGUUUCCUUAAAACGAUACUAGCAGGAGAUUACAUGGACAUAGGCCCUAAUUGUUUCUGUUAUAUUGAACACCUGAAACACUAUGCCCAAGAUUCUCAAUUUUUAUUGCCAGGACCAAACCCCCCUCCCUCCAUAUCUUCAACCUCCAUUUUCACACCUUGAAUGUGGAGUGGAUUGUGGAUCUCCCUCUUCUCAUCUCCCCAGCAGCCGGCAAUCUUUGAGUUGCACAUGAGCACAGUACCAUCAGUGUCAUCAUUGAAGCGUGGGUUAAAGUGCAGUGCCAGGUGGUCUUCAUCACAGCCCAGGUCGAUCUGAAACCUGGAUAUGGGAAAUAGAAAAUCACAUCAUUCCAGAAACCCUAAUACAUGUCUGUCUAACAUUAAUUGAUUUCACACAUACAGUAUACCAAAACAAAAAAACAUUCUCUGGUCCGUCUUCUCUUCUUUUGAGAAAUAAUUUGUGAAACUGGUAGUAUAUUUAUUUUUUAUGCAUAAAUUAAUCUUAUGGGUCCCUCUGUGUGAUAUAAACACAAAAAACUGUUAAAUGCAGCUCCCGAGUGGCACAGUGGUCUAAGACACUGCAUCUCAGUGCAAGAGGCGUCACUGCAUCACGUCCGGCUGUGAUUGGGAGUCCCAUAGGGCGGCGCACAAUUGGGCUGGGUUUGGCUGGGGUAGGCCAUCAUUGUAAAUAAGAUUAUUAUUAUUAUUUUUUAAAUGUACCUCUCAGCCGCAUCCAUAUUCCUCCCCUGUACUUUGAACUGGUCUCCAGCUCUCAGCUCCACAUGCUUCAGCUCAAGUUCCUAUGAAGAACCAUAUAAUUAAAUUGAGUGCUUUUGAACAUAAGGUAAAAGGGAUUUUGUAUUUUAAUAUGUCAUGACUUUUAAUAAUCAUUGGAAUCACUAUGUACAGUGCAUGUGUCGGGUUCACCUUGGGGUCAUGAUAGGGGCUGUACCAAAUGUUUGAUGUAUUAUAAUAAUUGAUUAUGCGUAUGUUGUAUUUAUAGAAGGUGGGGUUAUAAGACACCUCCCUCCUUACAUUUAUAGGGUCCUAUACUAUAGAUUAAUAAUAUAUAUAUUCAUUAUAAUGUUUAAUAUUGUUUCACAGUCUUUUCUAAGUCUCUGCCUCUUAUAAAGAAACGGCCUGAGAGAUUUGUGACUGUGAGACAGAACUCUGCAGGGGAGUGAAAGAGAUAAGAGACUAGUCAGACAUUCCACUAUAAAUCAACUUGGGGAGCGGACAUUUACUGCUGAGCCUUUAGAUAACACUGAAACUCUUGUUUGUAUAGUUGUGUAGGCAUGGGUUUGGUCUCAUGAGUAGAAGGUGAUGACGUAGGCAGUGACAUCACUAAGAUAUAUGACUGCAGGCAUAAUAAAACAACUCGGACCCUUUUCUAUUUUGCAGAACUUACUCGGAAACAUGCAUGCUAUGUUCCUGUUGUCAACUUCUGUCUGCAAUUGCAUUAAUAAAGGUUUUUGAUUGAUUUAAUUGAA